AUGUGGUCCCUCUGCAGAACUCUCAGCCUCAGAGAGUCGCAGCUAACUGGAAGCGAUUCCAUAAAUCCAGAGUCUGCGAGUCUCCACCCGAGAGGACUUCCAUUGAAGAGCAGCCUGCAGCAAAGAAACACCGUGCAACACUCUCAUUUUUUUUUUUUUUAAACAUUUACGCAACAAAAAAAAAAAACGCUGCGUAAGUAAAACUGAAAUCAAACACGGCGGCAGCAAACCUUCUCUGGGAUCCCGACUCGAGUCUAGGAAAUAAAGCAAGAGGGAGAAGUAGAGAUUUCAGCUCGUCUGGAGUUUUGGAAGGAACAAAAUGUCUAAACCUAAUUACUCCGGCACAUUUCAUAUGGUGGAUCAGGUUAAUAUGGACGCCUACCUCGCAGCUUUAGAUAUUAAUUUUGCCCUGAGGAAGAUUGUGUGUCUGUUGAAGCCCUCCAAAGAGAUCACCCAUGAAGUGGCCACAGGGGCCAUGAAGAUCCGCACUCUCACCACCUUCAAGAACUUCAACAUGGAUUUCACUAUCGGAGAAGAAUUCACUGAAGACCUGAGACCAGUGGACGGUCGUACCUGUCAGACUACAGUGAGCUGGGAAGGAGAUAACCUGGUUUGUGUACAGCGAGGCGAGAAAGAUGGACGAGGCUGGACACACUGGCUGGAGGGUGACAAGCUGCAUUUGGAGAUGAGAGUUCAGGACAUCGUUGCCAAGCAAGUCUUCAAGAAGGCUGAUUGAAGUAACUGAAAAUAUGUUUUAGUGAAAUUAUUCUUUACAUAAUACAGUUAAAGGGAUACUUUGCCUAUGUUUAACCAGCUUUCUAUCAUAACAAUGUGGGUACUAUGUAAAUGAAGCGUUAUUAUAGAACCCACGCAACUUCUAGGCAAGACCCGCCCUUCCAUACUAUUCACACGCUACUAUUGGCCAGGAGACCAUGCUUACGCAAGGUAACGGAACCCGAUUUCUUCAGGUCCUAACCCCUGACCAGUCAGCUAUUGUAACCUAAACUACUAGAGGUCAAUGCUUAACCCCAACCAAUCGUGCUGCAUCGUGGGCGGGACUUGCCUAGAAGUUGCGUUGGAUCCAUAAUAACUCGUAAAUGAACUAUGGUAAACUUCCCCUCCAUCUUGCCAGCUCCCAGAUCUCCGUGCUCAUCUCCCAGCGAAACGGCAUCAAAUUAUGCGUUUUGCUGCCCCCCUCUCUCUCCCUCUCUCCUUCAAAUUUAGACCGAACUAAGAUUAAACUGUAAAACUAGACAGUGCUGAUCAAAUAUAAACAAAGUCAUCCAACCAGCUCACCUAGAUGUCUUUCAGAAGCAUCUUUUAGCUUACCAUUUAGCUGUAAUACGAGAUUGUUUGCUACCAGCCGGUCGCCAUAUUAUAUCUGUGAGGUGUUCGCGUUAGGCUCGUUCGAGAUGAGCCAUGCCUGCGCAGAAUCAAUCAACCCCAGCGUUCCCAGUGCAUGCCAGUUAGAUUUGUGACUUGAUCCCGACUUGCUCUGACGUCACGCACACUUGGGUAACGGUAACCUCAGAUCAUGGCGGCCGCAGGUUUGAGACGCAGGCAGCGCAGUUGCUCUUCACCGACUCCAAGACCCAGGCGGACCCAGGGCAUGCUGGGAAACGCCUGCCUCUCAGCUGAUCUAACAGCUGAUUGGUUCAGAAUCGACUCAACAUGAUGACAUUUUAUAUACAUUUCUUAUUGCUUUUGAAUUGGAGAGAUUUUAAUUCAUAUUUCUCUGAUUUAAAGGCUUAUUCUGUACAGAACACAUGUAGUGUGGCUGAUAGUUACAUUUAUAAAUCAGAGAGAUUAAAUCCGUUCAAAUUACGGAUCAUCUACAGUCUGUUGUUUAUCAACAUCAGCAACAGAUCACAUGUAGAGCAUUUUUAUAGCUACUCUAUUUUAAUAACGACAACUGAAGACUUUGUACAGGCUGAUAUAUGGGUCUGAUAACAUUUUAUUACAUCGGAAUCAGACCUAACAGAAUGUGAGUGUUUCUGUGACUUCCUGUUCAGCCUAAAGGCUGCUGGAAGCGGCUGGAAACUGUCCGACUUGACCGCAGCUUUUUGUCACCGCCCCCUGCUGCUGCCGCCUGCUCUCGUCUACUUUACAGACGAGGCGCAGUUAAUCUUGAACGAGCCUACUGUGUAACCCACCAGCAGGAGCCUUUAUUGUUUUGGUGAGGCGCAGUGCAUUUUGGUAGUUGUAGUUUUAUUUUUAAUUUUUUUAGAACGUUUUGAGCAAAGGGAAUACCACAGCCCCUUUUCUUAGUUUUCUCUGGCCUUGUAGCACCAAUUUAAAACAGCCAUGUUUUAUGAAAAGACCCUUUUUCCAUUGGCAAAAUACUUCUUUAAGGACUCGGUACAACAUUUGAAUCAUUUUUAUAGUUUUUUUUUAUUAUAAUCAACAUUAUUUUGAAAUAUCACAAUAAGACCUGUAAAAAUACAUCGUAAUUACCUCUGUCUAAUGGUACUAACUGAGAAUGACUUGUGUAAACAUUCCCUACACACUUCCUCAUAUUGCACUAUCGAUCUUUACAAUGUUAUAAACAAAUUUUACAUCUGUCA